AUGAUCAAGAUCUUGGGAGCAGUGGCUCUUGGUCUUAGCUUCAUAUUACUGAACUUCAUGGGUUUGUCUUAUGGUUCUCUGCAAGUAGGAUUUUAUAAAGGGAAAUGUGGACGUUCAGAUGUAGAGGCCAUCAUUCGACGGGUGGUUGCUGCGCAUUUCGCCAAGGACCGAACAACCGUCGCUGCUCUCCUCCGUUUGCAGUUCCAUGAUUGCUUCGUCACGGGAUGUGAUGCAUCGAUACUCCUAGACGGCCUCAAUACUGAGAAGAACUCAGGGACGAACCAAAAUGUCCGAGGAUACAAUAUCAUCGAUCAAGCAAAAGCUGCCGUAGAAAAAGCUUGCCCUGGGAUUGUCUCCUGUGCUGAUAUUAUAGCCCUUGCAACCAGAGAUUCUGUUAACAUGGCUGGAGGAGUGAGGUACAAUGUACCAACAGGGAGAAGGGAUGGUCUCAUCUCUAACGCAGACAAUGUCGAUAUCCCUGGUCCUCAGUUAUCAGUAUCUGAUGCCAUGGCAUUUUUUGCCCAGAAAGGACUCAACAUUUUUGACAUGGUUCAUCUCUUUGGUGCUCACACUGUGGGUGUUACACACUGUUCGUUCGUGCAAGAUCGCCUCUUUGAUUUCCAAGGCAGUGGAAAUCCUGAUCCAACCAUGGAUCGUCGCCUAGCUGCUUCAUUGAGGAAGAGGUGCCCCUUCACUGCCACGGUCGACAGCCCCAUUAACCUGGAUCAGAACCUGCGAAGUUCAAACACAGUUGAUAACUCUUUCUAUAAGGAGAUUUUAAUCAAAAGAGGAAUUCUUCAAAUUGACGAAGAACUAGCUCUUGAUCGUCGGACUAGGCCCAUUGUGUUGGAGCUAGCCAAUGGAACUACCUUCCCUGCACAAUUUGGUUCAGCAAUGGUCAAGAUGGGAUCCAUAGAGGUCCUUACAGGAAGGCAAGGAGAAAUUAGAAAAUCAUGUCGGGCUGUUAAUUCCCGCAAGGUUAAAACUGUACACAAGCAUUAA